AAUGAGGUUUUCUCUUACUAUGGUGGGCUGGUGGCCUCUAUUAUAAUCACUCAUAUAAUAGUUUGCAAUGUUUGGCACUGAUGAGACAAAUUCACCAAUUUCCAAUGAAUCCUGCAUGGAUCACACAUGCUCACAUUGAUUGAGAGAGCUUAGCUGUCUGUGCUACCUAUUUUGUUGGCCUAGAGAAUUGAAGAAUAAACAUGAUUGGCUUCUAUAUAUAAAGAGGGAGUCAAGGACUUGGUAUACCAACACAAACACAACAUCAUUCAGCUUCAUUCCUCUGAGAAAAGAAAAAAUAACCACCAAAAGAGCAAUUAAGCAUGGCAAACAAGUACCAUGUUCGUUCAAACAGUCUACCUUCUGGAUCUCAUCAAAGCUCCAUUAGAAUAGAGGAAGAGCUAAGCAAAAUCCAGACUUGGGAAGCCACAUCCACAUCCACAUCCAACUCAAUUGGAUCUGGCCUAUCCUUGCUUGAAGAUUUGCUCAUUAGCUUGGAAGAUCUUCUCAACAUGGCUUCAACCCAAAAGUUGAUUUCUCACCAUCAAGGUGAGAAGUUUGUGGAAGAACUUUUGGAUGGCUCAGUGAGAAUCUUGGACAUUUGUGGCAUCACAAGGGACACCAUGUUACAAAUUAAGGAACAUGUUCAAGAACUUCAUUCUGCUCUUAGAAGGAGAAAGGGGAAUUCAAGCAUUGAAACAAGUGUAGCCAAAUAUAACUUCUUCAUUAAAAAUAUGAAGAAGAAUGCUAGAAAAAUGGUCACAUCCUUAAAGCAGAUGGAAAGUAAAUUUGGAGCAUCAUCACUCUUGAAUCAAGAUCAAGACCCUGCUAGAGUGGUAAGUGUUCUUAUGGAGGUCAUCAUAGUGAACAUGUCUGUCUUUCAAUCCCUUUUGUCUUUCUUGGCUGGGCCUGCUUUAAAAUCAAAGAAAUGGUUGCUGGUGGCAAAACUGAUCAAUAAAGGGGUGAUAGCUUGUGAAGAGAACUUAGAGAAUUCCAAUGAGUUGCAUUCUGUGGAAUCAACUUUAUGCAGCCUUGUAAGUGAAGGUUCUAAUGCUGAGAAGAUACAAGCUGCACAUGAACGAAUGGAGGCUUUGGAGAAUGCCAUUGAAAUCCUAGAAAAUGGUUUACUUAAUCUGAGCAGAGACAUUCUCAGUUCGAGGGCGGUGCACGAUGCUGGGGAUGGCUUAGAGCACGGUAGUGCAUUGAGAAUCCACAGCGUGGGAGAUAAUUUCUUGGAUAUACUAGCCGUCCGAACCCACCCGCCAGAAUUGAGCCCAAACAGCUCGUGGCUCUCCCUCGUUUCCAAGAACUUCUGUUAUGCUGUUGAUUCUGACACUGUCUGGGAUUGUUUUCUCCCUUCUGAUUCUCAUUCCAUCAUGUCCCAAUCUCCUUCCAUUUCCAACGCUCCUUCAAAGAAAGCUAUAUACCUCGUUCUCUCUGAUCACCCUGUCAUCAUCGACGAGAGUAAAAAGAGUUUUCAAUUUGAUAGAAAAAGUGGGAAGAAGCAUUACAUGCUUUGUACCAGAGAUCUGGCCAUUAGUUUGGUUGACGAUGAGUUUGGCAUCGUAGGUGGUUAUAGCAUUAGCAAAAGUGUCAAUUUGUAUCUUGACUCAUUGGAAGGUGAGGUGCACGACCAAGUAGAGAGACUACCAACCCAAGUGUGA